AUGAACAAGCACAUUCGAUUAUCCUCUACUUCUUCAUCCACUCCAUCUACAGCAUUUCUUUCUUCUCAAACUGAGAAUGUUCCUCCGAUGCCAACCCCUAUUCCGACUGCUACUGUUUAUCAGGGGGAAUCUAGCUCUAACUUUGAAACAACUAUACUUUCUCAACUUUCUCAACCGGUGAAAAUAACUCGGUUUUUGGGAAGAAGAUUAUCUAAAGUUGAAAAAGAUGUUGUUGAGAUGAAGCGAUUUAUGGCAUUAGUUGAUGAUGAUGAUGAUGACGAUAUGGUUGUUGACAAUACCCCACCAAAAUCUCCAUGUAACCCUCCACCACCAUCAUCAAAUCCUCCUCUGCCACCUCCUCUACCAUCUCAUCCUCCUCCUUACACUCCUUCAUCACCUUUUGGUUCUCCUCCCCAAUAUAAUGUUGCCAAAAAGGGGGAGAAUCAUCAAGGGUUUCCUGAUCAAUAA